AAAGUAUCCCCGUCAUACAGUAGCCUACCAUCGAAUCGAGCAUCCCUAUUCUUGCUGCUAAUACUUCGAUCAUAGGCUUUUUUACCGUGCUAUAUACGUAGUUCUACAUAAGGUGUCGGAAUGUCUACCGACAGCAACCCCCAGAAGCCCUUCCGGGUCAUCAUGUGGUGUGUCCCACGGUCUAUUUCAACUGCGAUAACAAAAUGUUUCAGCUUCAUAGACAAUACAAAGAUUUGGUUCGAGCCUUACUGUCUAGCCUUCUUUCAAGACUACGCCAUGAAAUACAUGGGUUUGACGUUGCCGAGGAGUGUGACUAAUUUUGAUGCUGAUGAUUACAUCGCUAGGGUAAAAGCUGCUGUGAAAGGAACACCUCUAGAACACCAACUGAAGCCAGAAAUGAUGGAUCUCUCAAUAUUAUUACGAGACGGCGUCCGGGAGCAGCUGAAUUCCUUACCUGAAGAUCGAUCUAUAUUCUUGAAAGACAUGGCAUACGGCGUCACCAACUUCCUGGAUCUACUCCCAAGCAAAGAAUCCGGCUUCAAACACACCUUCUUGAUCCGUGAUCCUGAGAGGAUGUUCCCGUCAUGGAGGAACCUACUCAUGGCUCAGAUGAAGGCACAUCCGCUGCCGGGUCAGAAACCUAUCGACGAGUCCACCUUUGACCUCACUACAGACCCGGGAUUCAUGAUGCCGGGAUACACCUACAAGUGCCAGUACGAUCUAUGGCUGCACGUCAAGGAACACUUUGACCCGGAACCAGUAGUGAUUGAUAUUGACGAGCUCGUAUCCAACCCCAGAGAGCUCUUACCGAAGUAUUUCGCAGCUUGCGGAAUGCCUUGGGAUGAGAGGCUACUAUCCUGGGAUGCUAGUCCGGCGAUAGGGGGUGAGUGGAAGACCUUGUACCCGAUGGGUAGUGGGGGUGUGACACACCAAAGAGCGUUAGCGUCGUCGUCUUUCCAACCAUCGCGACCAAAACUUCAAAGGUCAGACAUGACACCUGAUGCAAUCAAAGCAAUCGACGAAACCAUGGACUAUUACAAGAAAAUGGCGGCAACUCGAAUCACUUUGGACUAAAACUAGGGCUUUUUGCAGCAUACUCCAUCUACAAGAAUUUACACGUUGACCUGCCAAAACCAAGUUGAAGGGGAAAAGGUAUAUUUUUGUACACGGCAAAUGGGAGAAUCAUCCACGUCCUACGUCACAAUCUACUGACCAAACUGACCAAUGAACACUAUGAAAUAAAGCCAUUUAUUAUCGACUGGAAUAAUCACGUGGUUACAUACUGUAAGCCUAUACCGUAUAUAAUUAUAUACGGACCAAAUAUCUAUCGGAAUAAUGAACCUAUAUGUCAACUGAUUUGUUUUUCUUCUAUUUUUUUCUGUUCGUUUUCUUUUUCUAAAUAAGGGCUUGUUUGGAUUUCUCGCCUUCUUACUUAUUUUUUAUAUAUAUGUGUAUGUUUUUUUAAAACUUUGUAUGUAAAUCAUGUUAGUCUAUAAUGUAUGUUUCUUUGUAUAAUUAUUGUGAUUGCUUUUUGUUUGCACGGCCAUGCUUAAGAACAGCCAUUGGCUGAAGUAUGCCACCGUGAUAAAAUAAAAAUAAUAAAAAUAAUAUAUAUAUUUUUUUUAAACUUAGAGUAAUCUUUCUUAACGACUUUAUUUUUUGAUUGAAUAACCCCUUUAAACGAUAAAGCUAAGUACAUAAAUAGUACAUACAUAACAUAAUAAUGUAGAUUUUUUUUUAAUAGCCCUCAACCUGUAAUACCUCAGUCACACCGCCAAACCGACUCCAAACCUGGCGACCGAUUCUUGGGCGUUUGGUCCCCAUGAAAGACCAGCGGCAUCAUAACGAUACCGCUGAAUAUGGGCUAUCCAGCCGUUUUUUUAAUCUUGUAAUUUAUAAUUUUAUUCGUUAUUGAUUUACUGUGAAUGCAUGAUGUAUCUUUUAUACAGAAAUAAAACAAACAAACGAACAAACAAACAAAUGUAAUGUUAUGUUUAGUCUGUUGUCGGUCUGGAGUUUGUCUCGUUGGUUUGACUAAGGUAUGAUACCUAAAGUGAAUUCAGAUUGUUGUUUGAAUGCAUUCGAAUAAAGGCAAUCAUUGUUUAAUCCUUC